CCCAUCGGCCUUAAAAAGCUCCAACUUGCAACCAAAUCCCCAGUCCGAGCGCUGCAGAAAAGGAUCACGAUGGGCUUGGGUGACUACAGCCACUGCAGACAGAGGAUGACCCGGGGACUCUAUGGAGUCUCUGGAAGGGCUACGCUGUGGUCCCCAGCCUUCCACCCGGUGCACCGCAUGCCUUGCGGCAACUGGCGCAUCGAGGCGCCAGAGCACGCCCGGGCGUCCAGCCUGGUGCUGGAGCAUCUCCGGAGGCAGCUGGAGCGCGCCUUCCAGCGGGCGGCAGCACGCGGACGCGCCAGGCGCGCGCGGGAGGCGGUGGCGGCGGUAGCGGCGGCGGCGGCGGCAGCGCGGGAGGAGCGGAGCCGGGCGCGCAUGGAGUGCGCCCUGGCCCGGCUGCGCGCGGAGCUGCUGGAACUGCGUUUCCAGAACCAUCAGCUCGCCCGAACUUUACUGGAUCUAAACAUGAAAAUGCAGCAGCUGAAGAAGAGGCAGGACCAGGAGCAUGCAUCCAAAUCCCAGAGCCCACAGGACGAGGAGAUGAAUCCUGAGUGUGCAAACGCAUAGUGGAGAGCCUGAGCCCGCAACUCUGAAGCAACCCCGAGCCCUCACCAUAACAUAGACCACUCUGAAACGGUUCUAGCACUAACACUAGCGAUGCUGUAUGUGCGCUCUGAGGGGCAGUUUGUCCAGCGAAAACUUAGGCAUAAGGAGAAAGUGGGAAGGGAGCUAAGAAAGGGAGCGAGGCACUUUUAUUUCGAAGUUUUAAAGAUAUUCAUUCAUUGGUUUGACUGUUUAUUGUCUUAGGAGGCAAAAGGGAAGAGGGAUGAGGAGGAUAGAGGAGGAAGACGAACCAAAACAGUAAAAGACUGCCUUAAUGCCAGCUUACAACGCUGCACAUUACCUUCCUUUAUGUAGUAUUGCAUGAACUUGUAGAAUCUGUGCUUAUUUUUACUUUAUUUAUUUUUGGUUGAACUAGUAGCCUAUCCAGUACUCUUCUUGUGUCUACAUUCCACCCAUACCCUUGACGUGGCCAGCAUGAAGGGUGUUUCACCUUUUUCCUGGAUGUGGUCAUGUACUCCAGGACUUGCUGUCACUGAAACAUAAAAUACUAAUGAUUCUUCUCAUGAAAUCUCUUGUCUCAGUUGAUUCAAGUUUGACUUUCAAGAGGUACAUCCCUAAAUUCCUAACUAAUAUAGUUCUUUUGUUCAAUUAACUUGGGAGUUUAAAUGGUUCUCAUUGAAUUAAAAGAUCUAAUUGUAACCCCAAAGUGCUUCAUGAUGCAAAAAUAACAUUAAUAAAAAUAGUUGCACACCUAA